UGAAGCUUCCGGAAAAACAGCUAUGGAGGAUCCGGAGGUGAAAGAAGCUGAAACAGGCGAUGAAGAAGAAGAACAGCGGUUCCAUGAUUGUGCAGAGUCCCCUUAUGGUCCGACAAGAGAUAAGAAUUCUAAUGGCAAAAGCGAAGCUCCAGUGGAAGGUGAGGCAGCCACAAACGAGGCCACAGAAGGACUAGAGUCUGAAGGAGAUUUAGAGACUGCUGCCUUGGAUGGUGCUGCAGACUCCGACAGCGAACUCGCUACGGGAACAGCUGAAGAUGAAGUGGAACUGGAGGAAGAUGUACUGAUGGAAAUGGAGAAAGAGCAGAGCGAGGAAGAGAGACAGAGGAGGAGAGAACAGAGCACAUGUUUAAAAGAAGAAGGAAACAACCUAUUUAAGAAAGGAGAUUAUGCUGAUGCUGAAGCCUCAUACACUCAAGCAAUACUGAUAUGCCCUGCUGCUUUUCAAAAGGAUAGAUCUAUUCUUUUCUCCAACCGAGCUGCUGCUAGAAUUAAACAGGACAAAAAUGAUUUAGCACUAAAGGAUUGCAGUAAAG